AAGUCUGGAGCACCUGAGGUCCUUGUUUAUGGUUAUUUGUAUCUACAGUCCUUCCGAGUCGAACCAUCUCUGCAUUGGGCAGAUCAACCUCUAGUUACGAGCUUACUGCCUUUGUAGCAUGUUCAUCCGAUAUUAGUUAACAUCUACAGUAUAAUUUUGAACCAUCAUGGAUUUCUCCUGGUCCACUCCUCUUCGCCGCAAUGGUCAGAUCACCUUACCUCUAAUCCUAAACGAAAUCUAUCUUGCGAUUUUUGAGUGUAUAGCGCCAACUGAUCAGCCACUGAGAGAGCAAUGCGUUGGAACCUUCUCAGCCCUCGCCCUCGUGUGCCGCUUUUUCUGCUCCAUCGCGUUGCCGCGUGUCUUCGAGCGUGUCAUAUUUUCGGGGGAUACGAAUGGCAACAGGACCCAGGCUUCGCGCAAGACGAAAUGGGCCAGACAGAUUGUGGCAAAUACUGAGCCAGCCAAGUCAGUUGCACUAUACGUCAAGGAGUGCACCUUCGAACUUUGGGAUCUUGAUAAGGAGGCGAAGUGGCUCCUCUUUCCGUUCGUAAUGCUGUAUUGCCAAGCAAUGGCGCGUAUGUCGAACAUUCGAAAAGUGGUCUUCUCUGCUUCUUUUGUGAAGAAAGAUCAUUGGGAAGCGUUGGCAGAAUUGAAGCAGCUCGACGUCCUCGAGUUCUGCUUCUGUUCCUUCAUAGAAGAUCCGCCUGAUAAAGAAUUGACCGUUCGCACUGUCAUGCUCUUUGGUACAAGAAACUCUCCAACUACCUUCACCCUUCGGCCAAUCGCAUCUACUUCCAUACGCUCGCUCAGUGCAGAUGAGGUAGAGGCAGUCCUAAAGAUCGCGGCCUUUCGUCAGCUUACCAUUGACAAUUUGGUUCUCAAUCAACAAAUUUUCGACAUGGAACCGCUACUUCACGUGUUUCAGCAUCUGCCUGGCCUCCAGAGCGUAACUUUUGGGCUCAAAGGAAAAGCAGUGACUUCGUCGCUCAUUGGCAAGCUUUCACUGAAAAAGCACUUCACUCGCUUGCAUUCUUUCACUAUGAAGGGAAUUGGUUUCAGUUGUGUCACGGCAUGACACGGAAAUGCUGGUAUCUGUUCUCUGUGAUGGACCUGGUACCCUUCCUAGCUUGGAGGAACUCAAUUUUCACUUCGUCACAGCUGGUGAAUGGACAACAACCCUCGACAUUAUCUUUGACCGCUUGAACGGGACAAUAAUCCCAGCAUUUCCCAAUGUGAGGUACAUUAAUACUGAUGCCGGUUUCAUACGCUUGGAAGAAGGCGACUGGAAACUACACUACUCGAGUAGAGAUUGAGUAG